ACCAUCACCGUGCCACCAUCAUUCUAAACUCUAUAAAUAGCCCUCAUUUUCUGUCUUUUGACGCAUAUCAGUUUCCAGUUCCUUCCAUUCCUUUCUUCCGGAUCACAGGGAAAAUAAAAAACAAUGGAGUUGGACUUGACACCAAAGACAGCAGAAGUGUUGUUUGAGGGAGAUGGUGGAGGUUACUACACUUGGUGGAGUUCUAAAGUGCCACUGCUGGCCAAGACCAAUGUUGGUGCUGGUCGGUUAGUGCUUCAGCCUCAGGGCUUUGCUAUUCCUCAUUAUUCAGAUAUAUCCAAAGUAGGUUAUGUGCUUCAAGGGAACGAUGGCGUAGCUGGGAUGGCCCUCCGCAACAGUACUACUAGAGAAGAGGUGGUUGUGAAGCUUAAGAAGGGAGAUGUUAUACCAGUACCUAUUGGAAGUGUCUCGUGGUGGUUCAACGAUGGGGACUCAGAUCUUGUCAUUGUUUUUCUUGGAGAAACUUCAAAGGCUCUUAUUCCUGGCGAAAUUAGUUAUUUCUUUCUAACCGGGCUUCAAGGAGUUAUAGGAGGCUUCUCUAAUGAGCUCACAAGCAAAAUAUAUGGUUUGGACAAAGAUGGGGUGGAAAAGCUCACAAAAAGCCAAAGUGGGGUUGUGAUCAUCAAAUUAGACAAAAGCCAAUCUUUGCCUAAGCCCCAAAUGGAAAUAACCAAAAAGCUAGUCUAUAAUAUAGAUGUUGCACACCCCGAAAAUGUUGUGGAAAAUGCUGGAAUAGUCAAAACCUUAACGGAGCAAGAUUUUCCUUUUAUUGGGGAUGUUGGGUUAAGUGUGAUUAGAGUGAAACUUGAACCGGGUGCUAUUAAGGCACCAUCAUACCCAAUCAACCCUACGGUUCAGUUGAUUUACAUUGCUAGAGGAAGUGGCAAGAUUGAAAUUGUGGACUUUAGUGGGAAGUGUGCAUUAGAGACUCAAGUUGAGGCUGGUCAUUUGCUUGUUGUGCCACAAUUCUUUGUGGUUGCACAAAUUGCUGGGGAAGAAGGAAUUGAGAGUUACUCUAUCGUGACAACUACAAAGCCUUUAUUUGAAGAGUUGGGUGGAAGGGCAUCAAUUUGGAGCGCCUUGUCACCAUCUGUGCAACAAGCAUCUCUUCACGUGGAUUCAGAAUUUCAAAGCCUCUUCAUAUCCAAGAUCAAGGAAACCACAAAUCUCAUUCCUCCCACUACUAAUUAGUCACUUUGUUUAUGCAUAUAUUUAUGUAUUUUCAAUGUAUGAUGUUGAGUGUUUACUUACCCUUGAGUUGCUUUUGGAGAAAAAGUCUGUGUUGCGAUCAACCAGAAAUGUUAAAAUAAACCAAGUGUGACAACCUAUUUCCAAUAAUUUCAUAAAAUAUGAGUUUUAUGUGCUAAUAAAGUUGUAUAUGGAUUGGAUAUACUUUUGGCCCAAAUAAUUUAUCUCCAUUUGAUAUCUAUA